CCGGUGUGCAGUCUCCAAUCAUCGAAGACGAGGGAGGUAUUGCCUUUACCAUAUUCAAACCGAAGCCGACAUCGCAAGUGGAGGCACGAGAGUGCCUGGCUCAGUUGCAGCCAAGAGACAUCGUCCGACUUAUGGCAGGGCCUCAGCAUCUUAACUUUGGAACCGUUUGUACACUCGCGUCACAUACCAGAGGUUUUGCAGUCAGAAAUACUCUGAAGAAUUGCAUCUUGGUAACAGUCAAUGCUGGCGGUGUAGAGGAGCUCAACCAGAGUCAUCCAACCAGCCAAGUUAUCCCCCCAGGUUGUGUUGGAGGGUUUGGAAUUACUCUAUGUACGAAUACUGUCCAGACGCUUCGCCGUACUCUGCAAUACACAAUCAACGGACAACACACAUAUUCCUUUGAGGUGGCAGCCAAUGUGUGUCCUGUUUCUGUCAAUUUGUCAAAGGAGGACAUCGAGUUCCGUUAUAAUGUAGACAAUUGGGAUGCCCCCUUGGAGGAAAGGCUUGUGAUGUUCAAUCAGAACAAUCAUCUGGCCGAGUUUCGCUGGGAAUCUACGAAUCCUGCGUUUGAGGUGACCCCUCGAAACGGCUCCAUUCCCAAGAGGGGGUCUUUUACUGUAACGGUCACAUGGUGGCCAACCAAGGGCCCCGUUGAUGGCUGGCUCACGGUGACACUCAAGGGGGGAGCUGCAGUGGGACGCAAAGUCAAAUGCAGGGGCGAAAUCCUUGAAGGGAAAUGCGCGAUCAAGGAGAGGAAGGUCGACUUCGGGAUCAUCCCAGUGCGCAUGCCGCAACAUAAACUGCUCACCUUGAAGAACACUGGCCGCAGCGAUGCAGUUUUCCAGGCUGCAGUGGGUGAGCUCAAUGGAGGAAAACUCAGCUGUAUACCGAACUGUGGCCGGUUGGCGGCUGGAUCAGCACAAGAGCUGGAGGUGGUCUUAGAUGCGCAUGAGCCCAACGCAUGCGAGUCAUUCAUACAGAAGCAGCAGCAGCAGCAGAAGAAGAAGAAGAAGAAGAAGAAGAAGAAGCAGAAGAAGAAGAAGAAGAAGCAGAAGCAGAAGCAGAAGCAAAAGAAGAAGAAGCAGCAGCAGCAGCAGAAGAAGAAGAAGAAGAAGAAAGAAGAAGAAGAAGAAGAAGAAGAAGAAGAAGAAGAAGAAGAAGAAGAAGAAGUUCCUAAAAUAUCGUCGUCGUCAUCAUCAUCAUCAUAAGAAGAAGAAGGAGGAGAAGGAGGAGGAGAAGAAGAAGUAGAAGAAGAAGAAGAAGAAGAAGUAGAAGAAGAAGAAGAAGAAGAUUGAACGAAGUCAUCUUGCUCCUCUUCUCUCUAUCAUCAUCACCCUCAUGGGACUCAUGUACUCACCGAUUGCUCUUAUUAACUUUCAAUUAGAGUAAAUGUCCGAAUGAUCC